AUGCUGUCCGGCUCGGACCACUGCCUGCUGCUGUUAGGCCACCCGGGCCGCUUCCAGUGGCUGGUGCUCUUCCUGCUCGCCGUGCUCCAGGGUCACGCGUCGCUGCACCAGCUCACUUUGGCCCAGUUCGGCCGCGUGCCCGAGCACCGCUGCCGCGCCAGGCUCAACGCCACCGUGGGCGGGAGCGACCUGUGGCCCGUCGUCAAGCAGGGCACGCGCCAGUCGUACGCCCCGUGCCUCCGCUUCAGGGACCCGGCGAACCAGAGGGCGGGCACGCAGCCCUGUGACCAGGGCUGGGAGUACCUGGCGGUCGACAAGGGCAGCAGCAUCGUCAGCGAGUGGGACCUGGUGUGUGAGCGGUCCCUGAUGCGCGACCUGCUCUGCUACGUGCAGCCGGCGUCCAGUCUCCUGGGUGCCCUGGUGGUGUCCGCCCUGUCGGACCGCGUCGGUCGCAAGCCGACGCUGGCCCUGGCCCAGGGGUUGCAAGUGGCUGCAUCCGUGGCCCUCCUCUUCGCCCCAUCCUUCCUCGUCUUCGCACUCCUGUUUGCCCUGCAGACGUGCUGCUCGGUGGGCAGCUUGCUGGUGUCGUUCGUGUUGAUGCUGGAAACGCUUCCUACGCCCUUCCACUUGCACGGCGCAUGCGUGCUGUCCCUUUCCUGUUUUCUGGGUUACAUCUGCCUGGCUGUGCUGACGUCCGUCAUCGCCACCUGGAGAUACGUCCAACUGGCCAUCUCUGCACCUGCCAUUGUCUCGCUGGCUUUUCUCUGGCUAGUUCCGAGGUCGCUGCCACACCUGCUGUUGGUGGGCAAGCUCAGCAUGGCCGAAAAUAGUUUGUCUAGGAUGGCCCACUUCAGCAGGGUCCAACUGGCCACUUCGUACAAGGUGCUGCUGCAGAAUGCCGCCAGGGGGCUGCACGUUUCGCGCGUUUCUCCGGGAGGCAGGCACAGCUUUGGAGAGCUGUUCCUUCACAAGCACAUUCGGAGAUACCUGCUCACCCACCUCUACCUCUGGGCUGUGAUAUCACUCUUCCUCAAGAUCAAGGUGUCUGAGAUCUCUACUCUCUCGGAGAAAAGAAGCGUCGACUUGCUGACGCGAGGCUUCCUGUCCCUGGGACUUCUCCUGCUAGCCUUCGUGCUGGCCAGAAGGUUGGGCACGGUUCGAAUCCAGACAGUUUUCCUGGCUUUCGGAGGAACGGUGUACGUGGUCGCCGCCUUCUUCGAGCACAGGCGAGCUGCCGACGACGAUGGGUUAUCGCUCGACCUGUUUCUGUCUGGUCUAUGUGGCUUGUUUGGAUGGACUGCUGUUAACGUUGCCAGGGCCGUGAUGUUUUUCGACGUGGCGAAGUCUAUGCCUACGGGAACAAGAGCACUUGGUCUUGGCAUCUGCACCGCCGUCGGCAACGUUUGCGAGAUGUUGGCACCCUCGUUGUCCACCCUGGGCGGUCUGCUUCCGUUCUACUUGCCGAUGGCCGGCUGCGGGGUCCUGGUACUCACAGCCGCAGGACUGAGCCUGGUGUUUCCGGACGCGUGGCACCGGCCGCUUCCGGGCACGGUGGAGGCCGCCGACGACGCCAAGGCGACCAAGCCCCACCGCAGGGCGGGCUCUUACUCCCUGCCCUUUGGCGGAGGACUGGGGGACUUUGUCUACGGAGGAGACGACGUCCACGGACCUGUGGUCACCACCAUGCGCACCAAGAAGGGCUCCCGAUCCGGAUCCGAAACGUCCUGCAAACGUCCCCUAGACUCGAUGGCGUCCAGCGGCACCCAGCAAGGCGGCUUCGGAGUCCAAAUGGCGUACCCCGAAAAAGGCAGCGUCUUCUUCCAGUCUUGCCGAGUGAGGGACCUGCAUAGGGCGACGCUCGCCCGCGCCACCGGAUCGGCGUCCUCGUCCGACGGCGACUCGGAGACCGAGUCUAGGCUCACCGACCUUGAAGACGAACUGAACCGGGCGUGGGAGCUAAGCGCCAAGAGCAGUCGCAGAUCCUCGAAGCACCAACAGCAGCAACAGCAACAGCAACAGCACGACCUUCAAUGUUUCAGCCCUGCUCAGAAGCAUCCUCGAAGCAGUUUUAACGAAACCGCCUUCUGAGCACCCGACGAUUACUUUGGUACCAUUUGUGCGUUUUUAAUUGGGAUGAUGUGAGUGAAUCGGAUAAUGAAGGACUCGUGGGAGAAUGCGUCACGACCUUAUAAACGUACAGUCACUGACAGUUUAAU